AUGUCGCGUCUUGAAAUGAUAUAUUUAAUGCAAGUAUCGCUGUAUCUCCCAACACUGUCAGAUGUAUUUACCUUUAUUCAAGUGAACCACUGCGCCAAUUCCGCAGUGACUUCUCUUAAAGUCAACCCGUGGUUUACCUUAACACAAGACAUUGAAAGAUUUUACGAUUUAUUCCACCCCGACACGUUGAACUGCAACUUCUUACCAAUAACAAUUGAUUAUUUUUUAAAACCAAUUCAUAUCAGAAAUUGCGUUUUAGAAAACACUCCUGAAAUAAUUGAAAAUAUAACACCAGAAAUUUGUGAAAAAAUGACCAGUUUAGAUAUUAUGGAUACAUUUGUGAAUGAGAACAACAACCCACAAAAACUAUUUCAAAUGAUUAUAGAAACUUUACGUCAAAAAAUAACCUUGUCAAUCAACCAUUUCAUAUAUUUUAUCGACUUCUUUGAACAGUAUGAAACUCGUGAAAAUUUUAAAAAGGUUUUUCCCAAAAACAUUUUUGUUUAUUUUGAUACAAAUAAUAAAACUUUCAAAACAACAAAUGAAGUCAUUAAUAUACUAUUAAAUAAAAUUAACGAACUUCCUUUGAAAUACGCAACACAAAUUGAUAUUGAUUGGACUUAUACCAUAUUAUCAAUGGAAAAUAUUACUUUGACACAAAAUUGUCGAAAUUAUUCAAACAAUAUUAGUAUAGAAUAUGCAGAUUACUUUACACCAUUCAUCAGUCACAAUUCGUUGACAUUUCAAACAUAUAAUUUGACUCGAAUUUCGGAUUUACAUAAAGUUGAAAAAAUCAUCGAAAAAAGUGUAGCUACAAAAGUUACUUUUGUGGGUGACGUUUGUGAUUUGAGUCUUUUGCAAAUACCAAAAUUCGUCAAAUCAAUUUCACUAAAUAAAGAAUUUGUACCAAAUUUCUUGAAACCAAUUUCACCAUAUAAUGGAAUUAUACCAAUAUUAAUUGGAGGCGAACAGAAAAAAACAAACUUUGUGAUUCUUCCUGAUGUUUUGAACAUUGAAGAGUUUGAUUCAAGAUUUGUUGAUUUCCAAUGUUCGGAAGAAUUUAACACUGUUAAAAAGGUUGAGAUAACGAACGCCAAAAUAGUUAAAAAGAAACAAAUAGAACUACUUGAUAACUGUAAUAAAAAACGUAUUUGGGAGAACAAGCAACUAUUUCCAUUUGCCAAUGUCGAAGAGUUGAAAUUGGUCAAUUUUAGUGAUGUUUGCUAUGAACAAUUUAAAAAAUUACAACAACUCUCACUAUUUAAUGUAAAAAAUGUUGAGUUGUGUAUUAAUAAAGACUGUGCAAAAAAUGUUACAUGUACAAACUGUUCUAACUGCAUUUUAAACAUCGACUGCGAAAGUUGUGAAACUUUCGAAUUCGACAUGUGUCCAGAUUUUUCAUUCAAUUUCUUAAAUACAAAAAAUAAAAAUUUAAGUGUCAAAAUAACAAAUUCUUUAAAUUCAAAAAUUUCAUCAGAUACAGACUUCAUGAAAUUUCUGUCUGUCUACGAUUCUUCGAAUUUUGAAAUAGCGAAAAACACCAAAAUUAAGAAGUUGGCGAUUUCAAAUUCGACACUCAAAAAGAAAGUUGGUGUCGAAGCAGAAGAAGUUGUAUUUGAAGCCUUGUCAGAAUGUGUAGAUAUCAAUUUCACUUGUACAAAAAGUGUGUUACUGUUUAAUAUCGAAAACUUCAUUUUCUCAAACACAUUUGAUAAAUGUGAAAUUAUCAAAAUCGAGUAUUGCCGUGAUUUCGAUUUCAUUUUUGGUGAUUCAAAAAUACAAAAGCUGGCAAUUAUUUCAUCAAAAGCAAUUGAUUUUAAAGGAAAUUUUAACUCCCUUCAAAAAGUUUAA